UUUCGUAUUUCCGAACGUUAUCGAUGAUGAUGACGCCGCCAUAAAAAAAAACAAAGUCAAAACUGCUGUCACAAUAAAAUGGCAGCGGGACCGAUUGCUGAGCGAAAUCAAGAUGCCACCAUCUAUGUGGGAGGCCUUGAUGACAGAGUUUCGGAAACCCUGCUCUGGGAACUGUUUGUUCAAGCUGGACCAGUUGUGAAUGUGCAUAUGCCAAAGGAUAGAGUGACACAGACUCACCAAGGAUAUGGAUUUGUGGAAUUCAUGGGAGAGGAAGAUGCUGAUUAUGCAAUAAAGGUGAUGAACAUGAUAAAACUCUAUGGCAAGCCAGUAAGAGUGAACAAAGCAUCUGCCCAUCAGAAGAAUUUAGAUGUAGGAGCCAAUGUGUUCAUAGGAAACUUAGAUCCGGAAGUGGAUGAAAAACUACUAUACGACACAUUCUCUGCAUUUGGAGUCAUAUUACAAACACCAAAGGUAAUGCGAGACCCAGAAACUGGCAAUUCAAAGGCCUUCGCAUUCAUAAACUUCGCAUCAUUUGAGGCAUCAGACGCUGCUAUAGAAGCGAUGAACAACCAGUAUCUAUGCAACAGGCCCAUAUCAGUGUCGUACGCCUUCAAGAAGGAUGUCAAAGGAGAGAGGCACGGCUCUGCGGCAGAAAGAUUGCUCGCCGCCCAGAACCCUCUAUCGCACGCGGACAGACCUCACCAGCUCUUCGCGGACGCGCCUCCAACGAUGAUGGGACCAGUCCUAAUGGCGCCCCCUCCACCGCCCACACCGACCCCUAUGCCUCCCCCAGGCCCACCGAUGGGGGCUCGACCACCGCCCCCUCUGCCAAUGGCGGCACCCCCUCCACCGCCGUCAUCCAUGCCUCCGCCAGGCCCACCGCCUCCCCCUGGUCCACCGCCACCCCCACCCCCCUUCCACCACUUCCCCCCUCCCCCCUUCGGGCCCCCCGGCUUCGGACCCCCUCCCCCGCCCGGGGCCAGACCUCCCCCUCCCUGGAGACCGCCUCCUCCCUCUUUCAGGCCCCAAUUCCCGCCGCGAGGACCGCCGCCGUUCGGACAUCCGCCGUUUCCCCCUCAUCACCCUCCCGAAAACUACUCUUAUUGAGUGUAGUUAGGUUUAUUUUUAUAAUAGAGUAUUUUUAAUGAA